CGGCGCGGGGUACGCUGCAGGCGCCGCGGCGGGCUGGCGCACGGGCGGCGGGCUGCGAGUGCCGCGGAGCCCUGGCUGAGGGACGAGUCGGGGGCCAUGGCCGCCUCCCCCAGCCCCGCCGGCGUUGGUGGUGCCGGAGCUGUCUACGGCUCCAGCCCGACAGGCUUUGCCCUGGACUCGGGACUCGAGAUUAAAACUCGCUCUGUGGAGCAGACGCUACUGCCUCUGGUUUCUCAGAUCACCACACUUAUUAAUCAUAAAGAUAAUACCAAAAAGUCUGACAAAACUCUGCAAGCAAUUCAGCGUGUAGGACAAGCCGUCAACUUGGCAGUUGGAAGAUUUGUUAAAGUAGGGGAAGCCAUAGCCAAUGAAAACUGGGAUUUGAAGGAAGAAAUAAAUAUUGCCUGUAUUGAAGCCAAACAAGCAGGGGAAACAAUUGCAGCACUUACAGAUGUAACCAACUUGAAUCAUCCCCAAUCUGAUGGCCAGAUCACAAUUUUUACAGACAAAACAGGAGUUAUAAAGGCUGCAAGAUUACUCCUUUCUUCAGUGACAAAGGUGUUGUUGCUGGCAGACCGAGUAGUCAUUAAACAGAUAAUAACUUCAAGAAAUAAGGUUCUUGCAACUAUGGAAAGACUAGAGAGAGUGAAUAGCUUUCAAGAGUUUGUCCAAAUAUUUAGUCAAUUUGGAAAUGAAAUGGUGGAGUUUGCACAUCUGACUGGAGACAGGCAAAAUGACUUGAAAGAUGAAAAGAAAAAAGCAAAAAUGGCAGCAUCUAGGGCAGUUCUUGAAAAGUGUACCAUGAUGCUUCUCACAGCUUCAAAGACGUGUCUCAGACAUCCCAACUGUGAAUCUGCCCAUAAAAACAAAGAAGGAGUAUUUGACCGCAUGAAAGUAGCAUUGGAUAAGGUCAUUGAAAUUGUGACUGACUGUAAGCUGAAUGGAGAGACUGACAUUUCAUCUAUGAGUAUUUUUACCGGAAUUAAAGAAUUCAAGAUGAAUAUUGAAGCUCUUCAGGACAAUCUUUAUUUUCAGUCUAAAGAGAACCUUUCUGCAACACUGGAGGCCAUCUUGGAGCGUAUAGAGGACUUUACUGAUUCUGCUUACACCAGCCAUGAGCACAGGGAACGCAUAUUGGAACUGUCAACUCAGGCAAGAAUGGAAGUGCAGCAAUUCAUUUCGGUGUGGAUUCAAGCUCAAAGCAAGAAAACAAAAAGCAUCACUGAAGAGCUGGAACUCAGUAUUUUGAAAAUUGGUCACAGUCUUAAUGAACUUAAGAAAGAACUUCAUAGUACAGCAACACAGCUGGCAGCAGAUCUAUUAAAAUACCAUGCUGAUCACGUGAUUCUAAAAGCAUUAAAACUUACUGGAGUAGAAGGAAAUUUAGAAGCUUUGGCUGAUUAUGCUUGUAAACUCUCUGAACAGAAAGAGCAGCUUGUUGAGACCUGCCGAUUGUUGCGACACGUGUCUGGGACAGAACCUCUUGAGAUAGCCUGUAUACAUGCAGAAGAGACGUUUCAGGUGACUGGCCAGCAGAUAAUUUCUGCUGCUGAAACAUUGACAUUGCAUCCAUCUAGUAAAAUUGCUAGAGAAAACCUAGAUGUAUUUUGUGAAGCUUGGGAAUCCCAAAUUAAUGACAUGUCAACUCUGCUGAGAGAAAUCAAUGAUACUUUUGAAGGAAGACGAGGAGAGAAGUAUGGCUACCUUUCACUUCCAAAGCCAAUGAAGAGUAACACAAACCUGAAAUCAUUAAAGCCAGACAAGCCUGACUCCGAGGAGCAAGCCAGGAUAGCAAAGCUUGGACUUAAACUGGGUUUGCUGACUUCUGAUGCCGACUGUGAAAUUGAGAAGUGGGAGGAUCAGGACAAUGAGGUUGUUCGAUAUGGACGGAACAUGUCCAGUAUGGCCUAUUCUCUAUAUUUAUUUACUAGAGGAGAGGGGCCACUGAAAACUUACCAGGAUUUAAUUCAUCAAUUAGAGGUUUUUGCCACAGAGGGUUUAAAGCUUACUUCGAGUGUACAAGCUUUUUCAAAACAGCUCAAAGAUGAUGACAAGCUUAUGCUUCUUCUGGAAAUAAACAAGCUAAUUCCUCUGUGCCACCAGCUCCAGACAAUAACUAAGACAUCUUUACAGAAUAAAGUAUUUCUGAAGGUUGACAAGUGUAUUACAAAGACAAGAUCCAUGAUGGUUCUCUUGGUCCAACUUCUUUCACUUUGCUAUAAACUGUUAAAGAAGCUUCAGGUGGAAAAUAACAGAUGGGUCUCAGUUACAAAUAAAGACACCAUAGACGAAAUUCAACAAUUUCAUAAAGAAAAAUACUGAAAUUCUGCCUUAUUUUCUAAUCAUGAAACCUGUUGUGAUGCUUUUUGAGAACUAAUAAAUACCACGGUAGUUGCUAGAA